CAAUUUAACCUACUUUUGGAGGGUUAAAUGGGUAUGUUUCAGGUACUUUGAUUUCUAAUAUGAAAUUGCCUCCUUCGUAUGGGGUAUCAGGAGGUCCUGCGAUUUCACCCUUAAGCUCUGUGUAGCUGUCAUUUAGAAGCUCCACUUUGAUGGCACAUUUUGCUACCUAUAACAACAAACACAUCUUUUUUGUUUUUUAUUAAUUGCAAAACAUGUUCAACCAUUAGUUUUACUACUUGCAUUAGUUUUCACACCAUUGUUGGAUAAAAAAUUAAUAAUAUAAUAUAUACCUGCAAUAUAACUGUCUUAAGAAUGCAAACUUAAGCUAGAUAUAACUGUCUUAAGAAUGUUAAUUUGAGCUAUAUUGAACUGUCUUAAAAAGGUCAACUUAAGCUAAAUAUAACUGUCUUAAGAAUGUCAAUUUAAGCUUGAUAAUCCUGUCUUGAAAGUGUCAACAUAAAACUGUCUUAAUAAUGUCAGUUAAACUUUCUUAAGGAUGUCAACUUAAGCUAGAUAAAACUGUCUUAAGGCUUCGUAUGGAUAUCAUAGACCAGUUCCACUGUCACGUCACAUUUUGCUACCUACAGCUGUCUUGUUGUUUGUUUUAUUUAAAAAUUGCGAAACAUUGAGGUUACGACCAGAUGACCCCUUGUAUAAUCGUGUUUUUCUUUAAAUCAAUACUUUAAAUGUGAAGAAAGAUGUUUUGAAACUGGUGGUUGUUAUAACUAUAGUGAGAUGACUGGAAAACAGGUUAUGCCAGGGUUAUCUGAACCCAACAAAUGUGCGCGGAGUCCUGUAGAGUCAAAUCUUGAGAAGAACCUCGCGACAGAAGAGUUGAAACUCGAAAGGAGAAUGCCCAACAUCAAAGUUUUUAGCGGGACGUCCCAUCCAGAUCUGGCCCAGAGAAUUGUCGACCGAUUGGGCAUCGAUUUGGGCAAAGUCGUCACGAAAAAGUUCUCCAAUCUAGAGACAUGCGUGGAAAUCGGCGAAUCCGUUCGAGGCGAAGAUGUGUACAUCGUCCAAUCGGGAAGCGGCGAAAUCAACGAUAACUUGAUGGAAAUGUUAAUUAUGAUAAAUGCCUGUAAAAUCGCGUCGGCUAGCAGAGUGACAGCUGUCAUUCCUUGCUUCCCUUACGCCAGACAAGACAAAAAAGACAAGAAUGCAAUGCUGAGUGAUAUAGAGAAAAACGUGCAAAAAUGGAAAUCUAUCGAAUGGAAGUUUAGGAGUCGCGCGCCAAUUUCCGCCAAAUUGGUGGCCAACAUGCUCUCCGUGGCGGGCGCCGACCACAUCAUCACCAUGGACCUGCACGCCUCCCAGAUCCAAGGCUUCUUCGACAUACCGGUGGACAACCUGUACGCCGAACCGGCGGUCUUGAAGUGGAUCAAGGAGAACAUCGACGAGUGGAGGAACAGCAUCAUCGUGUCGCCGGACGCCGGCGGCGCCAAAAGGGUGACAUCUAUCGCCGACAGAUUGAACGUGGAAUUCGCGCUCAUCCACAAAGAGCGCAAGAAGGCCAAUGAAGUCGCUUCCAUGGUCUUGGUGGGCGACGUAAAAGACAGGGUUGCCAUACUGGUCGACGACAUGGCCGACACUUGCGGCACCAUCUGCCACGCGGCGGAAAAGCUGACCGAAGCCGGAGCCACCAAAGUGUACGCCAUUCUGACGCACGGCAUUUUCUCCGGGCCCGCCAUUUCCAGGAUAAACCAGGCCUGCUUCGAGGCCGUCGUGGUCACAAACACCAUACCGCAGGACGGGCACAUGAAGGAGUGCUCCAAAGUGCAGUGCAUUGAUGUUUCAAUGAUGUUUGCAGAGGCUGUUAGACGCACCCACAAUGGUGAAUCAGUGUCAUAUCUAUUUUCAAAUGUUCCUUAUUAGUUCUUGCAUUUUUUAAUUUAAUUAUAAUUUUUUAUAUAAAG